ACGUAGAUUGAAAAGAGAGUCUAGUGCUCGAACAAAAUCUAACCGAACUUCAGAGCAAAAUGAACAGCAUAAAAUAAAAAGGCAAAAAAGAGAAUUAAAACGCAAAGCUGCUCUAUCUUCAUCAGUUCCAAAAGCAUGUGUGUAUCCUUUUAACUCAAGUGGGUUGCAACGACAUACUCUUGGAAAAAUGGAUACUCCAUGUCUUUCUUGUGGUGCCUUAAAAUGGUUAGAUGAGAGAGUCACAGAAUCAAGUAAACAGUCACCUGUUUUUGCAACCUGCUGUACCCAGGGAAAAGUUCUGUUACCAUGUCUUCAAGAACCUCCUGCUGUCUUAAAGUCUUUCUUAAUAGGUGAUGAUGCAGCUUCAAGAGAAUUUCGGCAAAACAUCCGUGCAUAUAACUCAGCUUUAGCUUUUACAUCUAUGGGAGCUAAGGUUGAUGAUCAUAUAACUGGUGCAAGAGGUCCUUAUACUUUCCGUAUACAUGGUGAAGUGUAUCAUAGAAUUGGAUCUCUUUUUCCUCAGUCAACUGUUGAACCUCCUUCAUUUGCACAGAUUUAUAUUUUUGAUACUGAUAAUGAAACUCAAAAUAAGCUUAAUAUUAUGCCCUCUUUAAAUCAGGUAACUCUUGCAGCUCUUCAAAAUAUGCUUCAUAAUAUUAACCCAUAUGUACAAGUUUUUCAACAGACAGGUAGAUUGUUUCAACAGAAUCUAUCUCAAAAUUUGACUAUGAUAAUAACAGAUUCAAGAAUGACAGAUUCACAAUGUUAUAAUGUUCCAACUACUUCUGAAAUUGCUGCUAUUAUAGUGGGUAAUAAUAAUCCAUCUAAUACUAAUGUAUGCAAUCGUGAUAUUGUUUUACAUUCACAUGAGGGAGGUUUACAGCGUAUAUCUGAGUUACAUAGAGCAUAUGCACCAUUGCAUUAUGUUCUUCUUUUUCCAAGAGGGGAAGAUGGAUGGCAUCCAACAAUUCCAAUUCGAGAUAAUAAUAAUGCACAAGCAUUUCUUUUUGAUGUUGAAGAGCAACAUGAAAUUGAUGAAGACAGCAUUAAGUCUCAAAGACAUGUCACAAUGAUGCAAUAUUAUGCAUAUCGACUACAAGUAGGUAGACCUGGAGAGGGAAUAAAUCUUCAUCUUUUUGGACGUCUCUUCCAACAAUAUAUUGUUGAUGCAUAUGCAAAUGUGGAACAAAGUCGCCUAAAUUAUUUGAAGUACAAUCAAAAGAGGAUUCGAGCUGAUCUUUAUAGUGGGCUUCAGGAUGCUUUGACAGCACAGGAUGAAGCAUCUCAAAAUCUAACUGCAGCUAAUAUAGGCAGGCGAAUUGUUCUUCCAUCAAGUUUUACUGGUGGGCCACGACAGAUGCAACAGCUAUAUCAGGAUGCAAUGGCUAUUGUACGCACAAUGGGUAAACCUGAUCUCUUUAUUACAUUUACAUGCAAUCCUGCUUGGCCUGAAAUUACUUCUGAACUUUUUAAUAAUCAGGUGGCUUCAGAUCGUCCUGAUCUUACGGCCAGAGUCUUCAAUAUGAAAUUGAAGGCACUGAUGAAUGAUAUUCUUAAGCACCAUAUUUUUGGGAUAGUUGUGGCCUAUGUCUAUGUGAUUGAAUUUCAAAAACGUGGGCUUCCUCAUUCUCAUAUUCUUUUAAUUCUUGAUCAAAGUAGCAAGCCAAAAACUGUUGAAGAUUAUGAUGCUAUCGUGUCUGCUGAGAUCCCUGAUAAAAAUCUUCAUCCUAUGGCAUAUGAUACCAUUUGCCGAUCAAUGAUGCAUGGUCCAUGUGGUUUGGCAUAUCCAAAUGCACCAUGUAUGAAAGCAGGGAAAUGCUCAAAAAAGUAUCCACGUAGCUUUUGUACCAGGACUUCUAUAAAUGAAGAUGGUUAUCCUGUCUACCGGCGCUCUCAUGAUGGACAUUCAGUUGAGGUUAAAGUUGAAAUAGGAAGAGCAAAUGAAGUAGUGCCAACACCAGAAAUUAAUGAAAUUCGCCUUUAUUUAGAUGCACGUUAUGUUUCUGCCUCUGAAGCUGCUUGGCGACUAUUUCAUUACAAAUUACAUAAUGAGAAAACAGAUAUUAUGAGACUUCAGGUUCACCUCCCUGGACAACACACUGUAACUUUUCAAGACAAUGAAAGUUUAGAUGAGAUAGUUGCACAUGGAAACAGCUCUGAGACCACAUUAACUGCAUGGUUUAAAGCAAAUCAAUGUUUUCCAGCUGCACAUGAACUAACAUAUGCUGACUUUCCUACUCAAUGGGUAUAUAAUAGAGUGCACAAGGAAUGGAAACCUAGACAGAGAGGAAAUACUAUUGGUCAGAUGUAUUUUGUACAUCCAAAAGCUGGAGAACGAUACUAUCUUCAUAUGCUACUAAACAUAGUACAUGGUGCAACAUCUUUUGAGCAUCUUAAAACAGUCAAUAACAUCUCUUAUUCUACUUUUAAAGGUGCCUGUGAAGCUUUAGGUUUGCUUCAAGAUGAUAAAGAAUGGGAUGACUGUUUGAAUGAGGCUCAAUGUAUACAAUCAGGGUCCCAAAUGCGGUAUUUGUUUGCUACCAUUCUUAUGUUUUGUUAUCCUACUCACCCAGAAUUGCUUUGGCAAAAAUACAUCACUGCUUUUAGUGAUGAUAUACUGUUUCAAGCCUGUUUAGAUGCAGAAAACAACCCUGCAUAUACAUUUACUGAUUCUGAUAUACACAAUAUAGCAUUAAAUCAAUUAGAAACUAUAUUAAUCAGAAAUGGAUUCUGUCUUGCCAAUUUUUCAGACAUGCCUGUACCAAUUCCAUUAUCUGAAAAUCAUGUUCACCAGAAUUAUUUACUUGCAAAAGAAUUGCAGUAUGACCUUGAUCUUCUUAAAGUUAGAGCUCAAGAGGCUUAUUCAUGUUUAAACCCAGAACAACUAUCUAUUUUUGAUGCAGUAAUUAUGGCUGUUGAAAAUCAACAGCCUGGUGUAUUUUUUGUGGAUGGUCCUGGAGGUUCAGGUAAGACAUUUCUAUAUGGGGCAAUAUUAGACAAGAUCAGGUCCACUGGACAUAUAGCACUUGCAGUAGCUACAUCAGGUAUUGCAGCUCUUUUACUAGAUGGAGGUUGUACUGCACACUCCCUUUUUCGAAUCCCAUUUGAAUUGCAUGAGGAUUCAAUAUGUAAUAUAGCACAUGGUACAGAUCAUGCAGUUCUUUUGCAGCAAACAAGUCUUAUUGUCUGGGAUGAAGCUCCUAUGGCACACCGUUUUGCACCAGAGGCUGUUGAUCAAACUCUCAGAGAUUUAAUGAAAGCAGUAGAUCCUGACUUGGAAAACCAGCCAUUUGGUGGAAAAGUUAUUGUAUUUGGAGGUGAUUUUCAUCAAAUUUUGCCAGUAGUCCCUAAAGGAAGAAGAGAAGAUAUUGUCAACUCCUGCUUAUUGUGCUCUCCCCUGUGGCAUUAUGUAAAAGUUACAAAAUUAACUGUUAACAUGCGUUUACUACAGGCUGAAAGUUCUGAGGAGACUAUUGAAAGCCAAAAUUUUGCUGAAUGGCUUUUGGAAAUUGGUGAAGAUCGUGCUGAAUGGAUUGCUGAGAGAGGCAACUAUAUCAAAAUUCCUGAUAAUAUUUGUCUCACUUCACAAAGUAUACAUGAAUUAAUAGCUUUUGUUUAUCCAAAUAUAUCUAUCCAUGCUGGUGAUUCAAGUUAUUUAAUGCAGCGUGGAAUUCUUGCACCAAAAAAUGCAGAUGUUCAGUUAAUUAAUUCAACCAUCAUGAAUAUAUAUCCAGGUGAAGAAGUUGAAUACUUGAGUGCUGAUACUAUUGAUGAAACUCAAAGCAAUAAUCAGGACAAUAUUUACCCAACUGAAUUUUUAAAUUCUUUAAAUGUCAGUGGGUUACCACCACAUAAGUUAUCACUUAAAAUAGGUGCUCCUGUUAUACUUCUUCAUAAUAUCAAUCCUUCAGAGGGCCUUUGUAAUGGAACACGGUUAGUUUGCUGUUCAUUUGCACAGCAUGUUAUUGAGGUUCAAGUUAUUACUGGAAAACAUGCAGGGUUACGUACAUUUCUUCCUAGAAUUACUCUUACACCUUCUAAUACUAAUACAACAUUUCCCUUUGUGCUUAAGAGACGUCAGUUCCCUAUACAACCUGCUUUUGCCAUGACGAUAAAUAAGGCACAGGGCCAAACAUUGAAUAAUGUUGGAAUUUAUCUGCCCACACCUGUAUUUUCUCAUGGUCAGCUUUAUGUUGCUUGCUCCAGGACAACUUCUAAACAAAAUCUUAAGAUACUGACAAUAGGGCAACAUGAAAAUACUGGAUAUACUCAAAAUAUUGUAUACCCAGAAGUAUUACAGUCAUAA